AUGUCCAUAUCCAACGAUGAAGUUCCACUUCCACCAUUCGAUGCCACUAAGCCAUCCACACCAAUCUCAUUUCCUAUCAAAACUCUUCAAGACUUGUCUUCUCGCUCUUACUUCGACUCCUUUCACUUCCCCUUUAACCGUUCCUCUGUCUCUCUCCGACAGAACACCGGUUCCUUGCCUGACCGUUCUAGGCUUCUUGUUUGCCACGACAUGAAAGGAGGGUACGUUGACGACAAGUGGGUACAAGGAUGUGGAAACAACACAGGUUUCUCGAUCUGGAACUGGUACUUGAUGGAUGUCUUUGUCUACUUCUCUCACUAUCUUGUCACUCUUCCUCCUCCUUGCUGGACCAACACUGCUCACAGACACGGUGUUAAGGUUCUGGGGACUUUCAUCACAGAAUCGGACGAAGGGAAAGCUAAGUGCAAGGAGUUGUUGGCAACAAAGGAGUCUGCAGAGAUGUAUGCAGAGCGCUUGGGUGAACUUGCUUCUUCUCUAGGCUUUGAUGGGUGGCUGUUAAAUAUAGAGAACGAAAUAGAUCAAGUCCAGAUUCCAAAUUUGAAGGCUUUUGUAAGCCAUCUAACAAAAGUCAUGCAUUCAUCAGUACCUGGGAGUUUAGUUAUAUGGUAUGAUAGUGUCACUGUUGAGGGGAGUCUUGCUUGGCAAGAUCAAAAACAUGAUGUCUACAUGGGAAUAGAUGUGUUUGGCCGGAACACUUUCGGUGGUGGCCAGUGGAAGGCAAAUGUUGCACUUGAUUUGCUGAAGAGCAGCGAUGUAUCAGCUGCGCUAUUUGCUCCUGGAUGGGUAUACGAGACAGAUCAACCACCUGAUUAUCAUACAGCACAAAACAGAUGGUGGUCACUUGUUGAGAAGUCUUGGGGAAUAGUUCAAACAUAUCCACAAUCCUUACCCUUCUACUCAGACUUCAAUCAGGGACUUGGUUCUCAUGUUUCUCUCCAAGGUCAGAAACUAUCAGAUGCUCCCUGGUACAACAUUUCAUGCCAAACUCUUCAGCCACUCUUAGAAUUCCAUGAAGUAAACAAGUCAGAGAACAUGAAGGUCACUGUUGAGAGUCAAGAAGCAUCAUAUAAUGGAGGAGGGAACAUUAGUUUCAAAGGAAAACUAAAGAGAAAUCAACAUUUCACAGCAAGACUCUUCAAACCUAACCUUCAGCUUUCUGGUUCUCCCAUCUCUGUCUCCUACUCUGUGAAAUCAGAUGAAAGAUCUAUGCUAGGCAUUCUCCUCAGUUUUUCAACUCCUUCACAGGAGACAAAGUCCUUACUCAUGGCUCCAAAUGAAUACAUGCACAGAUUUGGUGACAUGUUCCUGCCAUGCCUAAGAAGGACCACAUCCGACUGGACAGUGUACGAAACAAACCUUCUUAUGGAUGGACACACACUGACUGAGAUCUCUGCCUUGUGCUACGGACCAGAUGAUCUUGGAGAAGAGAAAAACACAAAAGGAUAUUCUGCAUUGCUUGGACAUAUCUCUAUCAAGUCCCAGCAGAAAACCAAACUAUUUCCCCCAGCUUCAUCAUGGGUUAUCGAGGCUCAUAACCUAGCCAUUGUACCUGGUGAUUCUGGCUCCAGGACCUUAAGUUGUAAGCUAGAGUGGAGACUGAAGCAUCCUGAGGAGGAAUAUGUGUUUACAACGUACAAUGUGUAUGCAGAAAGUCUGAAGUCGAGUGAUUACAGGACAAGGAAGGUAAUGGAUGAACCAAAAAGCGAGAAAGUGUUUCUUGGGACGGCUCAUGUUAAUGCUUAUUAUGUCUCUGAUAUGGUGGUUGGACCAGAUGUGAAGAAAGUCAGCUUUGUGAUUCAGACCUGGGGUGAAGAUGGGUCAUGGCAGGAGCUGGAUGCUUCCCCAAACAUUCUGGUUGAGACAGAGAGUCUCAGUUCAAAGUUCUGUUGUUGUGGGUUGAUUUGA